CCUCACACACCGUUCAUCCCCCCCACCCCAUACUCACACCUCCAGCUCUCUCACGGACGAACGGCGAGAAACUCUGGGUGAAAACGAUGACGUUUUGUUCUUCCUUCCCUUGUCCUCGGUCUGUCUCUCUCUUCUCCCAGCCCUUCAUCAAUGGCGACAAACUGUUCCCCUUCUCUGUGAGCUUUCGCCUGAGAGCUUCCGCUGACGUUCCAGAUUUCCUUUCUGCAGAUUGGCUUGAAUCACGUAGGAAGAGACCUUUUGGGCCAAGAUUAGAUUAUAGUGCAGAAGAAGCUGUCCAGUACCAGCUUGAUGCAUUGAAAUACAAUGAUCAACCCCGCCAAGAUUAUGGGAUUGAGGUUAUGUACAGGUUUGCUGGAUUUGAUCCUUUUGAGAGAUCCACCUAUUUUGGACCCUUCUUUGAUUUGGGACAGUUUGAACGGUUCAGGCGGAUUUUCCACCAUUCAACCUACCGAGUGUUACUUGGGCACAAGGAGAGGAAGAUCCUGAGCAGUUUGUGGGUGAAGGAGAAUCGAUUCAAGCAGCGUGUUUGGGUUCAAGGUACUCGCCCUGAGGAAGAGGAAAUAUUUCAAUUUACUAUGGUUCAGAGGGUUGGUGGUUCAUGGGAUGGAUACUGGCUGACAGAGAGUCUGCUUCACGAUGGAGAUGGUUUUACCGGUGGUGUGGCUUACUAGAUCUUUACAUAUGAUCUGGUGAAUCUGAUAGGUGUACUGUGGAAGCAUACUCUGCUUACUACUUUAGGCUAUGUACAUAUUUUUUGGUCUUUCGGGAACAAUGCCCUUGGCCUUGUGCAAUAGCAAUUAAAUUUGUUAGGUUUAUCAGUCUGGGUCUGGAUGAUCCUUGUAAAUUUAGGAACUAACUUCAGUUCAGGAAGGAAAUAUAUUUCCUCAUAUCCAUUUGUAUCCCGCUUGAAUAAUGAAAUGUUGAACGUUUUCAUUUGCA